CUACCGCCACUACCGCCACUUAGCCCGUCCCACCCCGCUCCAAGCGGCGCGGCAGGCAGGCGGGGCAGAGCGCUGGUUGCCAUGGCUUCGGUGAGGCGGGGCGGCCCGCUGCGCUGGGCCCGCCUGCUGUCCCCGGCCACGCUAGAGCUGCUGGCGCUGCCCUGUGGCCUGCAGGAGCGGGAGCACCGGCCUUGCAUUUCAGAUGAUUUAAAAAUAGGAUAUCACAGCAGAGAUCAUGCAACACAAACAGAUAUCAAAGAAAUACCAGAAUUAAAUGAAUUAGCAGUUGCUACACAAGCUUUAAUCAAGGAAGAUAUCUGACUCACCAAUUCCCUCCAGAAAGAUUUGUUCAUCUACAAAAGCGCCAUUCAAGCACAAUAUGAAGAAAAAAUUGAAGAGCAAGUGUCGAAUCUCUAUAAAUAUGUAAAUGGUAGGCUGACAGACAUUGAGACUUUUCAUAAACAGAUAAAGAGAAAAGAAGAAGUCCAAAUUCGACAAAGUUACCAACAGCAGUUAUGUGACGCACUGGCUGUUCUCAGAGGAAAUAUUAAGAAGUAUUACAACAUAGAUAGAGAAGAUAUAGAAUGCUCAUCAGGAAAACUUUUGAGGUUUUUACGUGACAAACUGUGUGAGAAAGAGUCCAUAAUUGAAGAUCUGAAAAGAAAAAUGCAGUAAUAUCAAGAAAAUGAAAGGACUAAAGUGGUUGUCUUUGAAGACGAUGACCGUGGAAACAAAAAGCUUGAAAAAGAGAAUGAAGAGUUCAAAGAAGAGGUUUUCAAACUACGCAACGAGAUUGCUCGUCUUGAGAAUUGUCUGCAACACUCUGAAAAAGAAAAGCAUGCAUUAGAUAGGCAAGUUCAAAGAAUGCAAUUAAAAAUGGAAAGUGAUGAGCAAACUAUUCAACAGUUGGUUGAAUUUCAAGAAGAGAUGAAGGCAGAACUUGAAAACAGAAGAUUGUUAUAUAAAAAUCUGAUAACAAAUGUAGCUACUGAAAGUUCUCUGACUGCUGAAAAUGGAAAACUGAAGAAAUGUGAAGGUCAAGAGAGGCAAACCAUAGCAAGAAAGAAAGCUGAACAAAGUAAUGCAAUAUGGAAAAAGAAAUUCUAGAUACUUGGUAUUUUUUUCAGUCUGCAUGCAAUUAAGGACGAGAUGUUUCUUAGACAAACACUGCAACGCCAGUUUCUAGCAUUUAGAUAUACAUUUGCUGGUGAAACAAUGGUUUGCCCUAUUUGUAUUGAAAAUGACAUAAAAGGCACAGACAGAUUCAAAGAUGGCUCACAUUUACCUUCAACUUUGUCUACUGGAAAGCAGAAAGAAGACGCAGGUGAAUUUCCUAGGCUUCUAAACACACCAAAAAUGGCCAGUGUUUGAAGAUGGCAUGCACUCGAACAACUCCCUGGGCGUGAGCAACUGGGCCUUUCACAGACAGCAUUGGCACCCGUGCAGAAUUCAGACUGCUCUUGAAUAGCUUUCCACUACCAACCUCCAGUCUUUUUAGGAUAUCGCGUCCUAUUUUUUAUGAUCUCGGAGAGAGAUUAAACGCAC